AUGUACAGCAAGACACAGGAGCAAAACAUGGAAUUAGAGGCCAUUUAUGAAAGUGAUGAAGACAUCACUGGACCUCGAACACUGAGUUACAGCAAGGCUAAAGGAAAAGCUCAAGAGUGCAGCGGAAGUAGAAGAUUGGUGUUGAUCUCAGUGGGUCUCGGGCUCAUUUGUGUUCUUCUGCUGGUCUUCAUCAUACUGCAUCACAACACCAUUACAGCAGAGAGAGACCAGAUAAAGAGUUACAAGAAAAUGGUUGAACAGUUCAAUCAAACCAUCAACAGCUUACAGGACAAUCACACUGAUUUAACACAGAACAACCUGGUGCUGGAGACCAAAGUCAAAGAUCUCACUGCUGAGAAAAACCAGUUACAGAGAGAUUUUGAUUCUUUGGGUCAGAAGAAUCAGGAGUUAAGAAGCAAAGUCAGGUCUCUGAGUACUGACCUGAAGAGAAAUUUUUGUAAAGGAGGAAAUCAGUCUAGUAUAGAUGGCUUGUUCAUUUCAAAAAAGGCGAUGAGCUGGUCUGACACCAGGCAGUACUGCAAGGAUCGUGCUGCUGAUCUGGUCAUUAUCAAUACUGAAGAGAAGCAGAUACUCAUAUCAUCAUUACUCAAUGAGAGACUGUGGAUUGGUUUGUCUGACACAGAGAAUGAAGGCAAUUUAACAUGGGUGGACAAUUCAACACUGAAAAAAGGGUUUUGGAAAGAAGGUGAGCCAAAUGACGAACAUGGAGUUGAGGACUGUGUUGAAAUUAGGGCUGAUUUUCCUUUCAUCCUGAACAACUGGAAUGAUCUCCCAUGUUCAGAAAGGAGAAAGGGGAUUUGUGAGAAAUAA